AUGCUAUGUUACUCGGCGUGGGUGUCUGAGCCGAUUAGAGCUCAUGUGUACUGCUCGCUGUUGACAGACUAUUAUGGACAUUUGUCCAAUGACUCUGACAGAGAGGAUAGUCAUGGAAAUCCAGAAGCCACAGAUUCACCUGUAAACAGAAAAAGGUUAUCUCCCCCCUCAGAAAGGCCUCCCUUUGGACCUCAUCUGACUCAACACCACAACAUCUCUGCAGAAGAACAAGACAGUCCAGAGAGAAUUAUUCAAAAGGAAAAGCUCCAUGCUGAACUAAAACGAGUUUUGAGUGAGAAGAAAAGCCAUUUUAGAGAAACCAACUCCACAGUCACCGAAAUGGAGGAAAACUCAAAGAAGGACAGUAAUAGUGAGGUAGAGAAGGAAAACCGUUUGUCAGAGCUUGUGGAAGUGGUUGUUGAAACAGAGGCCGAGGUUGGGGCAAGUGGUUAUAGUGUCAUGGGUGGAGGGGAGCGAGGCAUCUUCAUCAAAGAUGUCUUGAAAGACUCCCCAGCAGCCAAGCACCUCAGCUUACAGAAAGGUGAUCAACUGCUAAGUGCCAGGGUAUAUUUUGAUAAUGUAAAAUAUGAGGACGCAUUCAAAAUUCUCCAGUGUGCAGAACCCUACAAAGUGUCCUUCUUUUUAAAGAGGACUGUGCCAGAAAGUGAUGUCAGCAUACGUCCGGCUGCACAAAAUCUUGAGCUCAGAAGUCCUAAGGCCAAAAUGCAAAGAAUGAGUGUCAAAAGUGUGAAACCGUUCAAAGCCAAAAAACAGAGAGGAGGGCGAUUUGGAUUAAAAAGACUGAAAGAGAACAAAAAAGCAAGAGCAGAGCUGGACAUCGAAGGUUCACCUGGCAAAUCAGAGCUCAGUCCUGUUGAUGUUGAGUUUGUUUUCCCAAAGUUCAAGAUAAGAAAAGGUGUAAAGGCAACUGCAGAUGGAUCAGGGCAGCUGGAGGGGAUGGCCACUGGUUCUAGAAAGAAAAGGAAGAUCAGAUUUCCAAAGAUGAAAGAAAUGGAUGCUAAUGUAAGUGAAGUUUCAACAUAUGAAGGUCAUGAAGAGGCCUCUGGAGCAAAGCUAAAGGACAACGCAAAAGCUGCAACAUUUGGAAUUAAUUUACCCAAAAUUAAAAAGUCAAAAUGGGAUGCACAGUCUUCUAAUGACAACUUUAAUGUAAAAGGAUCAGUGGCCAAACUAAAACCUCCAUCAACGGAGUCAAAUCUUAGUAGGAAUCAGGGCAAAGUUGAAGUCAGGGUCUCUAAUCCUGACAUUAGUGUUAAGGGAAAGGCACAAAAUCCUGGUGCAAAACUGCCUGAGAUUAAUUUAGAUGUGUCUGAUUCAAAAAUGGCAAUGCCAAAGAUCAAACUGCCAACGGUUAGACUUGCUUGUCAUUCAGAUGAAAUUGAUGGUGAGGCAAGAAAGUUUAAAAUGCCCACGGGUGACAUCAAAGCAGGAAAUGUGGAUUUGGAACUGGGAGGAGUUGAAUUAAAAGAUGUUAUAAUUCCUGAUAUGAAUGUGAAAGAAAAAAAGAAAAGCAUGGCCAAAGUAGAUACUACAAUAAAGCUAAACCUUGAGACAAAACAAAAAUUUGGAGAUGCAUCGUAUUCUCUUCCCAAACUUGAUAUUGCAGUGCCAAAUAUAGAAACAUCAGACAUGGACAUUAGUCUUCCUACAUUAGAAGUGUCGAUACCAAAGGGGACUUUGGAAGAAGGACAAGCUGUUAAAGGAGGAAAAUUUGAAAUGCCAAAAUUUGAUGCUUCCUUGCCUAAAAUAAAAUCAUCAGGUGAAAUCGAUGUUAAAGGUCCUGAAGUCAAGGGAGGAAAGUUUCACAUGCCCUCGCUAGAUAUCUCUCUACCAGGAGGAGGCGCAAAAGGAGAUUUAAAUAUUAAAGGAGAAGCUGGAAAAGGAGGAAAAUUUGAAAUGCCAAAAUUAGACGUUUCCUUGCCUAAAAUGAAAUCAUCAGGAGGUGAAAUCGAUGUUAAAGGUCCUGAAAUAAAAGGUGGAAAGUUUCCCAUGCCAUCUAUAGAUAUCUCUCUACCAGGAGGAGGUGCCAAAGGAGAUUUAAAUAUUGAAGGGCAAUCUGGAAAAGGAGGAAAAUUUGAAAUGCCAAAAUUUGAUGCUUCCUUGCCUAAAAUGAAAACAACAGGUGAAAUCGAUGUUAAAGGUCCUGAAGUCAAGGGAGGAAAGUUUCACAUGCCCUCUGUAGAUAUCUCUCUACCAGGAGGAGGAGCAAAAGGAGAUUUAAAUAUUGACGGACAAGCUGGAAAAGGAGGAAAAUUUGAAAUGCCAAAAUUUGAUGCUUCCUUGCCUAAAAUGAAAUCAUCAGGUGAAAUCAAUGUUAAAGGUCCUGAAGUCAAGGGAGGAAAGUUUCACAUGCCCUCGCUAGAUAUCUCUCUACCAGGAGGAGGCGCAAAAGGAGAUUUAAAUAUUAAAGGACAAGCUGUUAAAGGAGGAAAAUUUGAAAUGCCAAAAUUAGACGUUUCCUUGCCCAAAAUGAAAUCAUCAGGAGGUGAAAUCGAUGUUAAAGGUCCUGAAAUAAAAGGUGGAAAGUUUCCCAUGCCAUCUAUAGAUAUCUCUCUACCAGGAGGAGGUGCCAAAGGAGAUUUAAAUAUUGAAGGGCAAGCUGGAAAAGGAGGAACAUUUGAAAUGCCAAAAUUUGAUGCUUCCUUGCUUAAAAUGAAAUCAUCAGGUGAGAUCGAUGUUAAAGGUCCUGAAGUCAAGGGAGGAAAGUUUCACAUGCCCUCUGUAGAUAUCUCUCUACCAGGAGGAGGCGCAAAAGGAGAUUUAAAUAUUGAAGGAGAUACUGGAAAAGGAGGAAAAAUUGAAAUGCCAAAAUUAGACGUUUCCUUGCCUAAAAUGAAAUCAUCAGGUGAAAUCGAUGUCAAAGGACCUGAAGCCAAGGGAGGAAAGUUUCACAUGCCCUCUGUAGAUAUCUCUCUACCAGGAGGAGGAGCAAAAGGAGACUUAAAUAUGGAAGGACAAGCUGGAAAAGGAGGAAAAUUUGAAAUGCCAAAAUUUGAUGCUUCCUUGCCUAAAAUGAAAUCAUCAAGUGAAAUCGAUGUUAAAGGUCCUGAAAUAAAAGGUGGAAAGUUUCCCAUGCCAUCUAUAGAUAUCUCUCUACCAGGAGGAGGUGCCAAAGGAGAUUUAAAUAUUGAAGGGCAAGCUGAAAAAGGAGGACAUUUUGAACUGCCAAAAUUUGAUGCUUCCUUGCCUAAAAUGAAAUCAUCAGUUGAAAUCGAUGUUAAAGGUCCUGAAGUCAAGGGAGGAAAGUUUCACAUGCCCUCUGUAGAUAUCUCUCUACCAGGAGGAGGCGCAAAAGGAGAUUUAAAUAUUAAAGGACAAGCUGUUAAAGGAGGAAAAUUUGAAAUGCCAAAAUUAGACGUUUCCUUGCCCAAAAUGAAAUCAUCAGGAGGUGAAAUCGAUGUUAAAGGUCCUGAAAUAAAAGGUGGAAAGUUUCCCAUGCCAUCUAUAGAUAUCUCUCUACCAGGAGGAGGUGCCAAAGGAGAUUUAAAUAUUGAAGGGCAAGCUGGAAAAGGAGGAACGUUUGAAAUGCCAAAAUUUGAUGCUUCCUUGCUUAAAAUGAAAUCAUCAGGUGAGAUCGAUGUUAAAGGUCCUGAAGUCAAGGGAGGAAAGUUUCACAUGCCCUCUGUAGAUAUCUCUCUACCAGGAGGAGGCGCAAAAGGAGAUUUAAAUAUUGAAGGAGAUACUGGAAAAGGAGGAAAAAUUGAAAUGCCAAAAUUAGACGUUUCCUUGCCUAAAAUGAAAUCAUCAGGUGAAAUCGAUGUCAAAGGACCUGAAGCCAAGGGAGGAAAGUUUCACAUGCCCUCUGUAGAUAUCUCUCUACCAGGAGGAGGAGCAAAAGGAGACUUAAAUAUGGAAGGACAAGCUGGAAAAGGAGGAAAAUUUGAAAUGCCAAAAUUUGAUGCUUCCUUGCCUAAAAUGAAAUCAUCAAGUGAAAUCGAUGUUAAAGGUCCUGAAAUAAAAGGUGGAAAGUUUCCCAUGCCAUCUAUAGAUAUCUCUCUACCAGGAGGAGGUGCCAAAGGAGAUUUAAAUAUUGAAGGGCAAGCUGGAAAAGGAGGAAAAUUUGAAAUGCCAAAAUUUGAUGCUUCCUUGCCUAAAAUGAAAACAACAGGUGAAAUCGAUGUUAAAGGUCCUGAAGUCAAGGGAGGAAAGUUUCACAUGCCCUCUGUAGAUAUCUCUCUACCAGGAGGAGGUACCAAAGGAGAUUUAAAUAUUGACGGACAAGCUGGAAAAGGAGGAAAAUUUGAAAUGCCAAAAUUUGAUGCUUCCUUGCCUAAAAUGAAAUCAUCAGGUGAAAUCAAUGUUAAAGGUCCUGAAGUCAAGGGAGGAAAGUUUCACAUGCCCUCGCUAGAUAUCUCUCUACCAGGAGGAGGCGCAAAAGGAGAUUUAAAUAUUAAAGGACAAGCUGUUAAAGGAGGAAAAUUUGAAAUGCCAAAAUUAGACGUUUCCUUGCCCAAAAUGAAAUCAUCAGGAGGUGAAAUCGAUGUUAAAGGUCCUGAAAUAAAAGGUGGAAAGUUUCCCAUGCCGUCAAUAGAUAUCUCUCUACCAGGAGGAGGUACCAAAGGAGAUUUAAAUAUUGAAGGGCAAGCUGGAAAAGGAGGAACAUUUGAAAUGCCAAAAUUUGAUGCUUCCUUGCUUAAAAUGAAAUCAUCAGGUGAGAUCGAUGUUAAAGGUCCUGAAGUCAAGGGAGGAAAGUUUCACAUGCCCUCGCUAGAUAUCUCUCUACCAGGAGGAGGUACCAAAGGAGAUUUAAAUAUUGAAGGGCAAGCUGGAAAAGGAGGAACAUUUGAAAUGCCAAAAUUUGAUGCUUCCUUGCUUAAAAUGAAAUCAUCAGGUGAGAUCGAUGUUAAAGGUCCUGAAGUCAAGGGAGGAAAGUUUCACAUGCCCUCGCUAGAUAUCUCUCUACCAGGAGGAGGCGCAAAAGGAGAUUUAAAUAUUGAAGGAGAUACUGGAAAAGGAGGAAAAAUUGAAAUGCCAAAAUUAGACGUUUCCUUGCCUAAAAUGAAAUCAUCAGGUGAAAUCGAUGUCAAAGGACCUGAAGCCAAGGGAGGAAAGUUUCACAUGCCCUCUGUAGAUAUCUCUCUACCAGGAGGAGGAGCAAAAGGAGACUUAAAUAUGGAAGGACAAGCUGGAAAAGGAGGAAAAUUUGAAAUGCCAAAAUUUGAUGCUUCCUUGCCUAAAAUGAAAUCAUCAAGUGAAAUCGAUGUUAAAGGUCCUGAAAUAAAAGGUGGAAAGUUUCCCAUGCCAUCUAUAGAUAUCUCUCUACCAGGAGGAGGCGCAAAAGGAGAUUUAAAUAUUGAAGGACAAGCUGGAAAAGGAGGAAAAUUUGAAAUGCCAAAAUUUGAUGCUUCCUUGCCUAAAAUGAAAUCAUCAGGUGAAAUCGAUGUCAAAGGACCUAAAGUCAAGGGAGGAAAGUUUCACAUGCCCUCUGUAGAUAUCUCUCUACCAGGAGGAGGAGCAAAAGGAGAUUUAAAUAUUGAAGGACAAGCUGGAAAAGGAGGAAAAUUUGAAAUGCCAAAAUUUGAUGCUUCCUUGCCUAAAAUGAAAUCAUCAGGUGAAAUCGAUGUCAAAGGUCCUGAAAUAAAAGGUGGACAGUUUCCCAUGCCGUCAAUAGAUAUCUCUAUACCAGAAGGAGGCGCAAAAGGAGAUUUAAAUAUCAAAGGACAAGCUGGAAAAGGAGGAAAAUUUGAAAUGCCAAAAUUUGAUGCUUCCUUGCCUAAAAUAAAAUCAUCAGGUGAAAUCGAUGUCAAAGGUCCUAAAGUCAAGGGAGGAAAGUUUCACAUGCCCUCUGUAGAUAUCUCUCUACCAGGAGGAGGAGCAAAAGGAGAUUUAAAUAUUGAAGGACAAGCUGGAAAAGGAGGAACAUUUGAAAUGCCAAAAUUUGAUGCUUCCUUGCCUAAAAUGAAAACAACAGGUGAAAUCGAUGUCAAAGGACCUAAAGUCAAGGGAGGAAAGUUUCACAUGCCCUCGCUAGAUAUCUCUCUACCAGGAGGAGGUGCAAAAGGAGAUUUAAAUAUCGAAGGAAAAGCUGGAAAAGGAGGAAAAUUUCGAAUGCCAAAAUUAGACGUUUCCUUGCCUAAAAUGAAAUCAUCAGGAGGUGAAAUCGAUGUCAAAGGAACUGAAGUCAAGGGAGAAAAGUUUCACAUGCCCUCUGUAGAUAUCUCUCUACCAGGAGGAGGAGCAAAAGGAGACUUAAAUAUUGAAGGACACGCUGGAAAAGGAGGAACAUUUGAAAUGCCAAAAUUUGAUGCUUCCUUGCUUAAAAUGAAAUCAUCAGGUGAAAUCGAUGUUAAAGGUCCUGAAGUCAAGGGAGGAAAGUUUCACAUGCCCUCGCUAGAUAUCUCUCUACCAGGAGGAGGCGCAAAAGGAGAUUUAAGUAUUGAAGGAGAUACUGGAAAAGGAGGAAAAUUUGAAAUGCCAAAAUUUGAUGCUUCCUUGCCUAAAAUGAAAACAACAGGUGAAAUCGAUGUCAAAGGACCUAAAGUCAAGGGAGGAAAGUUUCACAUGCCCUCUGUAGAUAUCUCUCUACCAGGAGGAGGAGCAAAAGGAGACUUAAAUGUUGAAGGACACGCUGGAAAAGGAGGAACAUUUGAAAUGCCAAAAUUUGAUGCUUCCUUGCCUAAAAUGAAAUCAUCAGGUGAAAUCGAUGUUAAAGGUCCUGAAGUCAAGGGAGGAAAGUUUCACAUGCCCUCUGUAGAUAUCUCUCUACCAGGAGGAGGCGCAAAAGGAGAUUUAAGUAUUGAAGGAUAUACUGGAAAAGGAGGAAAAUUUGAAAUGCCAAAAUUAGACGUUUCCUUGCCUGAAAUGAAAUCAUCAGGAGGUGAAAUCGAUGUUAAAGGUCCUGAAAUAAAAGGUGGAAAGUUUCCCAUGCCAUCUAUAGAUAUCUCUAUACCAGGAGGAGGUGCCAAAGGAGAUUUAAAUAUUGAAGGACAAGCUGUUAAAGGAGGAAAGUUUGAAAUGCCAAAAUUUGAUGCUUCCUUGCUUAAAAUGAAAUCAUCAGGUGAAAUCGAUGUCAAAGGUCCUAAAGUCAUGGGAGGAAAGUUUCACAUGCCCUCUGUAGAUAUCUCUCUACCAGGAGGAGGAGCAAAAGGAGAUUUAAAUAUUGAAGGACAAGCUGGAAAAGGAGAAAAUUUUGAAAUGCCAAAAUUUGAUGCUUCCUUGCCUAAAAUGAAAUCAUCAGGUGAAAUCGAUGUUAAAGGUCCUGAAGUCAAGGGAGGAAAGUUUCACAUGCCCUCUGUAGAUAUCUCUCUACCAGGAGGAGGCGCAAAAGGAGAUUUAAGUAUUGAAGGAUAUACUGGAAAAGGAGGAAAAUUUGAAAUGCCAAAAUUAGACGUUUCCUUGCCUGAAAUGAAAUCAUCAGGAGGUGAAAUCGAUGUUAAAGGUCCUGAAAUAAAAGGUGGAAAGUUUCCCAUGCCAUCUAUAGAUAUCUCUAUACCAGGAGGAGGUGCCAAAGGAGAUUUAAAUAUUGAAGGACAAGCUGUUAAAGGAGGAAAGUUUGAAAUGCCAAAAUUUGAUGCUUCCUUGCCUAAAAUGAAAUCAUCAGGUGAAAUCGAUGUCAAAGGUCCUAAAGUCAAGGGAGGAAAGUUUCACAUGCCCUCUGUAGAUAUCUCUCUACCAGGAGGAGGAGCAAAAGGAGAUUUAAAUAUUGAAGGACAAGCUGGAAAAGGAGAAAAUUUUGAAAUGCCAAAAUUUGAUGCUUCCUUGCCUAAAAUGAAAUCAUCAGGUGAAAUCGAUGUCAAAGGACCUGAAGUCAAGGGAGGAAAGUUUCACAUGCCCUCUGUAGAUAUCUCUCUAGCAGGAGGAGGAGCAAAAGGAGAUUUAAAUAUUGAAGGACAAGCUGUUAAAGGAGGAAAAUUUGAAAUGCCAAAAUUGUAUGCUUCCUUGCCGAAAAUGAAAACAACAGGAGGUGAAAUCGAUGUCAAAGGUCCUGAAAUUAAAGGUGGACAGUUUCCCAUGCCGUCUAUAGAUAUCUCUGUACCAGGAGGAGGCGCAAAAGGAGAUUUAAAUAUUGAAGGACAAGCUGGAAAAGGAGGAACAUUUGAAAUGCCAAAAUUUGAUGCUUCCUUGCCUAAAAUGAAAACAACAGGUGAAAUCGAUGUCAAAGGACCUAAAGUCAAGGGAGGAAAGUUUCACAUGCCCUCUGUAGAUAUCUCUCUACCAGGAGGACGCGCAAAAGGAGAUUUAAAUAUCGAAGGAAAAGCUGGAAAAGGAGGAAAAUUUCAAAUGCCAAAAUUAGACGUUUCCUUGCCUAAAAUGAAAUCAUCAGGUGAGAUCGAUGUUAAAGGUCCUGAAAUAAAAGGUGGACAGUUUCCCAUGCCGUCAAUAGAUAUCUCUAUACCAGGAGGAGGCGCAAAAGGAGAUUUAAAUAUUGAAGGACAAGCUGGAAAAGGAGGAACAUUUGAAAUGCCAAAAUUUGAUGCUUCCUUGCCUAAAAUGAAAACAACAGGUGAAAUCGAUGUCAAAGGACCUAAAGUCAAGGGAGGAAAGUUUCACAUGCCCUCUGUAGAUAUCUCUCUACCAGGAGGAGGAGAAAAAGGAGAUUUAAAUAUUGAAGGAGAUACUGGAAAAGGAGGAAAAUUUGAAAUGCCAAAAUUAGACGUUUCCUUGCCUAAAAUGAAAUCAUCAGGAGGUGAAAUCGAUGUUAAAGGUCCUGAAAUAAAAGGUGGAAAGUUUCCCAUGCCAUCAAUAGAUAUCUCUCUACCAGGAGGAGGUGCCAAAGGAGAUUUAAAUAUUGAAGGACUAGCUGUUAAAGGAGGAAAGUUUGAAAUUCCAAAAUUUGAUGCUUCCUUGCCUAAAAUGAAAUCAUCAGGUGAAAUCGAUGUCAAAGGUCCUACAGUCAAGGGAGGAAAGUUUCACAUGCCCUCUGUAGAUAUCUCUCUACCAGGAGGAGGCGCAAAAGGAGAUUUAAAUAUCGAAGGACAAGCUGGAAAAGGAGGAAAAUUUGAAAUGCCAAAAAUUGAUGCUUCCUUGCCGAAAAUGAAAAUGACAGGUGAAAUCGAUGUCAAAGGACCUGAAGUCAAGGGAGAAAUGUUUCACAUGCCCUCUGUAGAUAUCUCUCUACCAGGAGGAGGAGCAAAAGGAGAUUUAAAUAUUGAAGGACAAGCUGGAAAAGGAGGAACAUUUGAAAUGCCAAAAUUUGAUGCUUCCUUGCCUAAAAUGAAAUCAUCAGGUGAAAUCGAUGUUAAAGGUCCUGAAAUACAAGGUGGAAAGUUUCCCAUGACAUCUAUAGAUAUCUCUCUACCAGGAGGAGGCGCAAAAGGAGAUUUAAAUAUUGAAGGACAAGCUGGAAAAGGAGGAAAAUUUGAAAUGCCAAAAUUUGAUGCUUCCUUGCCUAAAAUGAAAUCAUCAGGUGAAAUCGAUGUCAAAGGACCUAAAGUCAAGGGAGGAAAGUUUCAAAUGCCCUCUGUAGAUAUCUCUCUACCAGGAGGAGGUGCAAAAGGAGAUUUAAAUAUUAAAGGAGAAGCUGGAAAAGGAGGAAAAUUUGAAAUGCCAAAAUUAGACGUUUCCUUGCCUAAAAUGAAAUCAUCAGGUGAAAUCGAUGUCAAAGGUCCUGAAAUAAAAGGUGGACAGUUUCCCAUGCCGUCAAUAGAUAUCUCUAUACCAGGAGGAGGCGCAAAAGGAGAUUUAAAUAUUGAAGGACAAGCUGGAAAAGGAGGAACAUUUGAAAUGCCAAAAUUUGAUGCUUCCUUGCUUAAAAUGAAAUCAUCAGGUGAAAUUGAUGUUAAAGGUCCUGAAGUCAAGGGAGGAAAGUUUCACAUGCCCUCGCUAGAUAUCUCUCUACCAGGAGGAGGCGCAAAAGGAGAUUUAAAUAUCGAAGGAAAAGCUGGAAAAGGAGGACAAUUUGAAAUGCCAAAAUUAGACGUUUCCUUGCCUGAAAUGAAAACAACAGGUGAAAUCGAUGUCAAAGGUCCUGAAAUAAAAGGUGGAAAGUUUCCCAUGCCAUCUAUAGAUAUCUCUCUACCAGGAGGAGGUGCCAAAGGAGAUUUAAAUAUUGAAGGACAAGCUGGAAAAGGAGGAAAAUUUGAAAUGCCAAAAUUUGAUGCUUCCUUGCCUAAAAUGAAAACCACAGGUGAAAUCGAUGUCAAAGGACCUAAAGUCAAGGGAGGAAAGCUUCACAUGCCCUCUGUAGAUAUCUCUCUACCAGGAGGAGGAGCAAAAGGAGACUUAAAUAUGGAAGGACAAGCUGGAAAAGGAGGAAAAUUUGAAAUGCCAAAAUUUGAUGCUUCCUUGCCUAAAAUGAAAUCAGGUGAAAUCGAUGUUAAAGGUCCUGAAAUAAAAGGUGGAAAGUUUCCCAUGCCAUCUAUAGAUAUCUCUCUACCAGGAGGAGGCGCAAAAGGAGAUUUAAAUAUUGAAGGACAAGCUGUUAAAGGAGGAAAAUUUGAAAUGCCAAAAUUUGAUGCUUCCUUGCCUAAAAUGAAAUCAUCAGGUGAAAUCGAUGUCAAAGGUCCUAAAGUCAAGGGACGAAAGUUUCACAUGCCCUCUGUAGAUAUCUCUCUACCAGGAGGAGGCACAAAAGGAGAUUUGAAUAUUGAAGGACAAGCUGUUAAAGGAGGAAAAUUGGAAAUGCCAAAAUUAGACGUUUCCUUGCCCAAACUAAAAUCAUCAGGAGGUGAAAUUGAUGUUAAAGGUCCUGAAAUAAAAUGUGGAAAGCUUUCCAUGCCAUCUAUAGAUAUCUCUAUACCAGAAGGAGGCGCAAAAGAAGAUUUAAAUAUUGAAGGACAAGCUGGAAAAGAGGGAACAUUUCAAAUGCCAAAAUUAGACGUUUCAUUGCCUAAAAUGAAAUCAUCAGGUGAAAUCGAUGUCAAAGGACCUAAAGUCAAGGGAGGAAAGUUUCACAUGCCCUCUGUAGAUAUCUCUCUACCAGGAGGAGGAGCAAAAGGAGAUUUAAAUAUUGAAGGAAAAGCUGUUAAUGGAGGAAAAUUGGAAAUGCCAAAAUUUGACGUUUCCUUGCCUGAAAUGAAAUCAUCAGGUGAAAUUGAUGUGAACGGUCCUGAAGUCAAGGGUGGAAAGUUUCACAUGCCCUCGAUAGAUAUCUCUCUAACAGGAGGUGGAACAAAAGGAGAUUUAAAUAUAACAGGACAAGAUGGAAAAGGAGGACAUUUUGAAAUUCCCAAACUUGAUGCUUCCUUGCCUAAAAUGAGAACAACAGGUGAAAUCGAUGUGAAAGGUCCUGAAGUCAAGGGUGGAAAGUUUCACUUGCCCUCUGUGAAACUUAAAGAACAUGAACUGAAAGUUGAAAGACAAGAUAAAAAAGCAAGAAAAUUCCAUAUUCCGGACAUUGACAUCUCAAUGCCUAAAAUCUCCCAUAAUUUUGAUACAGAUGCCAAUGCUACAUGCACUAGAAUAAGUGACCCCGAGGUGACUUUAGGCGGAAAUAUUAAGCUCCCAAUUGUGAAAAUACCAACAGUUGACAUAUCUGCUCCGAAAGUUGACCUGGACUUUACUUACACAAAGGGUAAAGACACUGACAGAGAAAAUAUAGAACUUCUUAAAGCAGAGGGUGGAAGGCCAUCCUCUGGGACAAGUUUUGAAGUUCCAGAUGCCUCUUUAAAAAUGCCCAACAUUUUGCUCCCUAAAUUUGGCAGAAAAUUGAGAAGUGGGGAAAAAGAACAAGGCAGUCCUGCAUCUGCAGAUUUAGGCAUGGAAGGGAAAUUGCCGUCCAUGGAAAUUGAUAGAACGAUUAAGAAGACCCCAAUUAAAAUGGCACCGAAAAAAGGAAAGAUCAAAGAUGCAGAAAUGGACAACAAAGGAAAGCUCAAAAUGCCAGCCAUUGAGAUAUCACUGCCAAAAACAAAUAUUCCAGAAUGUGAGGUAUUGCUUCCAAAAGCUGAGGUUGAUGUAUCUGAAUCAGAUAUUCGAAGCUACGAGGGCAGCCUAAAAAUCCCUAAAAUGCCAACUAUUGAUAUAUCAGUUCCAAAAGUUGAUUUAGAUGUGUCCUUGUAUAAAGUUAAACUUGAUGAGUCAGCAGACUCAAACUCUUCUGAUUUAAAUAUUGAAAGUAGUAGGGGUGUAGUACAUUUUCCAAAUAUCAAAAUGCCUAAAGUAGACAUUUCACUUCAACCAAAGGGUGAUCUAGAGUUGGAUCUUGGCUUAUUGAAAGAAGGGAGAAAAAAUAAAAAGAUGCCCGAAGUGAUAAAUAUCGAGCUCAGUCCUGAUGAACCAAAAAUUAAGGUAAAAGGGGAGAAAGUUAAAGGAUCUAAAUUUAAUAUUGGAAUGCCCACAUUUAAAGCAUCCAGAUCAGAAGGUGAUGCGACAAUGUCUGUAAAAGAAGAUCAUAAAAAUUCUAAAGGAGGAACAGAUGCAGACUUGAAGGUUGGUGUACAAGCACAGGAGUCCUCCUUAAAUAUGCCUAAAAUGAAACUCCCUGACGUAGAGAUGACAGGUCCCAAAAGACUAAUAACGCCAAAGAUUCCACAACUUGACUUUGACAUCGAGCCUGUUCAAGUUGUCACCAACAAUGAAGAAGAUAGAAAGCAGACUGGUAAAGUCAAGAUUCCAAAGUUUGGAAUACCUCUGCCUUCUUUAGUUUCACCUGAAGCCAGUCUCACGUCUCAGAUUAAAGGCGAUUCUGUAUCCAUGCACUCUGAGGUGGAGUAUGAGGGCCCAAGCAUGCCAAAAGUAAGAAAAGCUGUAUUUAUAAUGGUGAAUCAACAAAUUGAAAGCACUGCUCUUGUGUGUCAUGAAGCAAGUUUUGGAAUUGGAGAUGAGAAGCUCAAGUUGCCAACGAUUGAAUUGAAGCCAAGUGUGAGCAAGUCUCCAUCAAAUGAAAAGGUGAAAUCAAUAAGUGAUCAAGAGGGGGUAGAAACAGGGAAGACUGGUAAACUGAAGAUGCCAAACGUCACAUUUUCAUCUGGAAAGGCCGGAUUAUUUGAUGAAACACUAAGUGAGUCUGAUGACGUAACAAGUCCGAACCUCAAUGAUGACAAAGAUGACAAAGCAAAGUUUGCAAAGGUCAAAAUGCCUAAAGUGGAGUUUUUCUCAACAUACUCAAAAGACAAAAUUGAGGAAGAGGAAACAAGCAUGAAUCUAAGGAAGGAGACCUUAUGGGAUGUCAAAGAGACACAAGCAAGCAAAAUGACUAUCUCGGGUGUCAAGAAGACAACAGAAAGGCAUGAAGGAAAAGGAGAGGUUAGUGUUUUAGUAUCCUCAAAAGCAAGGACUGAGAUGCUGGAAGAACGGGAGAGUUCAGAGUCGCCCAUACCUUCAGCUGGAUUUUUCUCUGUAAGUAAGAGCGAGGAAAGAGGGGAAUCAACAUGGUUUAAAGUACCCAAAGUCACCCUUAGCCCCCAUUCUACUGGCUUCCUUCAGAUCACUCCAGAAGGCUCUCCAAGGGGAAGCAGGUCCUCUCUGCCAUGCUCUGGUGAAGAAGCCUCUGGAGGUUUCUAUGUCAAGAUGCCAAGUAUAGAAUUUUCGAGACAUGAGAUGUCCUCAGAGCAACUGGUUACCAAGAAAAAGGAGGUAACUCGAACUGUAGUGACUAAGACGACAAAUUACACAGAGACAAAAAGUAGCAAUUCAAACCUUUAAGCUUCUGAUCACAGAACUGCAAUAGAUGGUAGAUUAAUAUAUAUUUUUGUAUGUGGCAAUUUUCUUCAGUAUUCCUGUUUUUUUUCAAACCAUUUAUACAUAAUAAAAAUGUUGCUAUACAAAAAAACGAAAUAUUAUAAAGACUGUUGAUCUCUUUUCGAUGUAAUUUGCUGCUCUGUAGAACACUUUGAAUUUAUAUAUUUGUGAAUUAUUUCACACACAUGCUUUUGGGUACACAAUACACUUACAACAAGUCUGUGCAGCUAAAGAAAAACAGUUUAAGAUAUUUAGAAAUAUUAGGGGUUUUCACAUUUUUAUUUCAGACCGAUGAGCCAGAAUUUCAAGGCAUUUUGAAAACAUUGCUUUACUUUUUGAUGCAUGGUUUGUCUCUCUGGUUUGUGGUUGUUUAUGGAUUUUAAAUAAUAAGAUAGGUAUUGUAUAUUUUAGAUACUACUAGAAAUACAUGCACUAUUUUUCCCAUAUUGAUAUGCAUGAUCUGUACAGAUUUAAACCAAGUCUGUAAUGUUGAGUAUGUGUUAAGACUUUUUUUUCUAUUUUCUAAUGUGAUACUGCAGUAUAAUUUUUCUGUUCAUGGGGAAGGUUCAGGAUUAUAAAAUGCAAACACGUCUUGUCCUUUAUUUGCAAAUAACUCCUGUUGACUUUUAAAGUAUAGCCUUAAACACAUGAAUUAUCAUUGUAUUUGUAUAGUGUUUUAACGGGAGGUUUUAGUACUGAACUGCAUGUUUGUGAUGUUGGGAUGCUUUUAUGAAACACAUUUAGAAAAAUAAACAUCAUUAAGGUGAUGUUUUUGUAUAGUGCAUAUAAACCAAAUAAAGUAUUAACUUCUACUUAAG